AUGGUCUUAGCAGAUUUAGGGCGAAAGCUCAAUGCUGCUCUUUCAUCACUCAAUAGAGCUCCUAUCGUAGACGAGAAAGUUGUUGACGCAACAUUGAAAGAAAUCACUGCUGCUCUCCUCGAAUCCGAUGUGAAUGUUAAACUAGUGGCGUCUCUACGACAAAAAGUCAAAGCAAAAGUCAAAGCCGCUUUCGAGUCUUCCGAUAAGUCCAAGGAUGCGAACCGGAGAAAUACGAUACAGAAAGCCGUUUUCGAUGAACUCGUACACUUGGUGGAUCCUGGCGUAGAACCGUACAAGCCGACCAAAGGGAAGACCAAUGUGAUCAUGGCUGUCGGUCUUCAGGGUAAUGGUAAAACAACAACGUGCACCAAGCUAGCUGUAUACUACCAAAAACGAGGUUUCAAGUCGGCAAUCGUUUGUGCAGAUACCUUCCGUGCAGGCGCAUUUGACCAGACUCGACAAUCCGCGACAAAAGCGAAGGUUGCAUACUUCGGUUCGUACACUGAGACUGAUCCCGUAGCAAUAGCAGCUCAAGGUGUAGCUAAGUUCAAGAAAGAGAGGUUUGAGGUUAUCAUUGUGGAUACAUCUGGCAGGCACAAGCAAGAGUCAGAGCUUUUUGAGGAAAUGGUGCAGAUCGGAGAAGCGGUGGAUCCGAAUAUGACCGUGUUAAUCCUAGAUGCCAGUAUAGGUGAUAGUGUUUUCAGUUCAUUUCAUCACCGGGAUGCGACUCAUCAAAGGUUCAAAGGUCAGGCCGCUGAGGCUCAAAGUCGGGCAUUCAAAGAAACUGCAGAUUUUGGUGCAAUUAUUGUCACCAAAAUGGAUGGCCACGCAAAAGGUGGAGGCGCAAUAUCUGCAGUCGCAGCCACUAAAACCCCCAUCAUCUUCCUUGGUGUCGGCGAACACCUUCAUGACCUCGACAAAUUUUCUCCCCAACCUUUCAUCUCGAAACUACUUGGCCUCGGUGAUAUGCAGGGUCUCAUGGAGCACAUGCAGGAUUUGGCUACCCAAAACCCGGACAAGCAAAAAGAAAUGGCCAAGAAACUCGAAGAAGGCAAGUUGAGUAUACGGGAUUGGAGAGAACAGAUAUCGAAUGUCAUGAAUAUGGGACCAAUAAGCAAAAUCGCAUCAAUGAUACCUGGACUGCCUCAAGAACUUCUUCAAGGUUCAGAUGAAGAGGGAACACUACGAAUGAAGCGCAUGAUCUAUAUAACGGACAGCAUGAACACCUUGGAGCUCGAUUCUGACGGAUCACCCUUCAUGGAAAUGGGCAAGGACGGGAAACCGAUAGGUCUAACUUGGCGGGUCACUCGUGUUGCCAGAGGAAGCGGUACUAGCGUUCGGGAAGUUGAAGAACUACUUUGCCAGUACCGCAUGAUGGCAAAUAUGGCAAAGCAAGCUGGUGGAAAGAACGGAUGGUUAUCCGCGAUGCAAAAAAUGCAAACUGCCGCUGGUGGGAAAGGUCGUGGCGCCAACGGUAUGCCGACACCAGCGCAGAUCCAAGCCAUGCAACGCGCAAUGCCACCUGGAAUGCUACAACAAAUGCAGCGUCAGAUGAGAAGCGGCGGGGGCAUGCAGGAAAUGAUGAAAGCCAUGAUGCAAAGCCAAGGAGGUGACCAGAUGGACAUGGAGGAAAUGCAACGAAUGAUGUCGCAGAUGGGCAAUGGAAUCGGAGGGUUGGGUGGACUAGGUGGACUUGGUGGGUUGGCUGGUGGGAUGCCAAACAUGGGUGACAUGUUCAAGAUGAUGGGUAUGGGUGGCGGCGGAGGGCGGUGA